AUGUAUGUGUAUGUGUAUGUGUGUGUUAAAAUGGCAGAGGCCAGUAUUUCAGAGUUUCAGGACCAGUUCAUGUGUCCAGUCUGUCUGGAUCUCCUUAAGGAUCCUGUGACUAUUCCCUGUGGACACAGUUACUGUAUGGGCUGUAUUAAGGGCUGCUGGGAUCAGGAUGAUCAGAAGGCAGUCUACAGCUGCCCCCAGUGCAGACAGAUCUUCACACCAAGACCUUUCCUGGGUAAAAACGGCAUACUGGCUCAAAUGGUGGAGAAACUGAAGAAGACGAGACUCCAAAUUGCUGCUCCUCCUGCUCACUGUUAUGCUGGACCUGGAGAUGUGGAGUGUAGUGUUUGUACUGGGACAAAACUCAAAGCCAUCAAGUCCUGUCUGGAGUGUCUGGAUUCCUACUGUCAAACUCACUUUGAACAACAUGAAAAACUGUUCAAAGGGAAGAGACACAAAGUGACUGAUGCCACUGGAAAACUACAGGAGAAGAUCUGCUCUCUUCAUGAGAAGCUGUUAGAAGUUUUCUGUCGUACUGACCAACAGUGUGUGUGUCUGCUGUGUGUUAUGGAUGACCAUCGUGGACAUGAGACAGUGUCUGCAGCAGCAGAGAGGACUGAGAAACAGAUGCAGUUAGGAGAAACUCGGAGGAAAACCAAGUGGAGAAUCCAGAAGAGAGAGAAGGAGGUGCAGGAGCUGAGGCAAGCUGUGCGGUCUCUGAGGCGCUCUGCACAGGCAGCAGUGGAGGACAGUGAGAGGAUCUUUACUGAGCUGAUUCGCUCCAUUGAGAGAAGGCGCCAUGAGGUGACAAAGCUGAUCAGAGAUCAGGAGAAGAGUGAAUUGAGUCGGGCUGAAGGAGUCCUGGAGCGACUGGAGCAGGAGAUUGCUGAUCUGAGGAGGAGAGACACUGAGCUGGAGCAGCUUUCACACACAGAGGAUCACAUCCAUUUCCUCCAGAGUUUCCUGCCUCUCUGUUCCUUUCCUGGGUCUGAAUACUUACCCAGUAUCACUGUCAGUCCACACCUCUCUUUUGAAGAUGUAGGAAAAUCUGUCUCUCAGCUGAAAGAACAACUGGAGGAUUUCUGUAAGUACGAGUUUAGAAGAACUUCCUGUAAACAUUCAGGAUUUAAAUAUUGUCCUCCUCCUCAACCCAAAACCAGAGAAGAGUUCCUACAGCAUUCCUGUGAUCUCACACUGGAUCCCAACACAGCACACAAACACCUCUGUCUGUCUGAGGGGAACAGAGUGGUGACAUGGAGUGACAGACUGCAGUCACAUGCUUGUCAUCCAGAGAGAUUUGAUUACUGGCCUCAGGUGUUGUGUAGGGAGAGUGUGUCUGAACGCUGUUACUGGGAGACUGAGUGGAGUGGGGAUGAUGGGGUUUAUAUAUCAGUGUCAUAUAAAAGCAUCAGCAGGAAAGGAGAAGGUAAUGAGUGUGUGUUUGGAUUUAAUAAUCAGUCCUGGAGUUUGUACUGUUCUCACUCUAAUUACUUAUUCUGGCACAAUAAUAAAGAGACUAAACUCCCCAUAGUUCCCAGUUCCUCCAGAAUAGGAGUGUAUGUGGACCACAGGGCAGGAACUCUGUCCUUCUACAGCAUCUCUGACACAAUGACCCUCCUCCACAGAGUCCACACCACAUUCACUCAGCCCCUCUAUCCUGGGUUUUAUGUUUGGAAUGAGUCAGAAGUGAGGUUAUGCCGCCAUCAAAUAUGA